AUGCACGUAGACACCCUUGAAGAAACCGCUGAGGGUGAACACGACUUGGAUAAGGAAGCUCAGGGCAGGACCACGGACUGUCUAGGACCGGGAGCUGCCGACGUGGCUCUUUCACAAGCGAUGCUCCUCGAGAUCUUCGAAUAUGAUCAAGAUGAUGAUCGCUUGUGUGGCCGCGUUCCUCCUCUGCUGGCUCCCACUGAACCUGUUCAUCGUCGUGUCGGAGCAGUACCCAUCCAUCUACGACGUGAGCGGCAUCGGCUACAUGUGGUUCGUCUGCCACUGGCUGGCCAUGAGCCACGCCUGCUACAACCCGCUCAUCUACUUCUGGAUGAACGCAAAGUUCCGGGCGGGUCUGCAGGCGCUGUUCCGCUGCCUGCCUGCCACGCGUCGGCGCUCCUCGUGCUUCGUGUCCACCUGCAACGUCAAGAAAGCGGCCGCUACCAACAGCAACGCCAUCUGACUCAGCGCCCAAGGCACCGAAUGCGCCGCGAUGCCUGUCUCUGUGUCCCAUUGCAGAUGAUCAAGAUGAUGAUCACGGUGGUGACGGUCUUCAUGCUCAGUUGGCUGCCCCUGAACACCUACAUUUUGCUGUCGGAUCUGGACCCGGGCGUGAACAACUACGAACACAUCCGCUACGUCUACUUCGUCAUCCACUGGCUGGCCAUGAGCCACGCUUCGUACAACCCGCUCAUCUACUGCUGGAUGAAUGCCAAGUUCCGCGAAGGCUUCUGCCAGCUGUUCCGGCGCUCGAAGCUCUGCUGGCCUGCGCGGCUGCGCCACCAGCGCCCGCUGCGCAAGGAGUCCGCCGCCGAGGUGGCCGCUCUGCGCCGCUGCAAUACGUACACCACGUACGUGAGCGUGCGCGCCGUGCCGGGAUCCAGCUAUCGCUUCACCAAGGAUGCCGCGCAAACAAACGGCAAGCCGAAGCGCUACGAGGACUCCAGGGUUUAAUCGCCUCGCUCUCGAGAGCUCCGAGGGAACCACUGUGAAACCAAUAUUGCUGCUGUUUGGUCAGUAUGGAAUGUCUCGUGGCAGUUCCUGGUGCUGACACGUUCUCCGAAGGGUUCACUUCGCCGACUCUCUUUUUGGCAGCAGUGAUUCGUGCCGUGAUCCUCGUCAAGAAAACAAGCGCGUAUAACUGCAGAAGCUAGGCGACACAGUGCUAACAGUGUGCAAGGUCGUGCGGUACCACUCUCGUGACUGUAAACGACACACGAACCUCUGUGCUUCAAACGGCUGAUGGCGUGUCUCAUUGGCUACGUGUUCCUGAAGAUACGCGGAGCCAAAAGCAGUGGUCGAGGACUUUUGUUGAUAUGUGCCAAAGAUCCGCAGUGACACUGUCAACAUCCAGGUUGCGAGCGGCGAAAACAUACGCCGCCACAGCUCGGUCAUAUCGGCACAAAAUAAGCCGCGCACUCUGUUUCUCGCGCGGUCUUGUUGGCUUUGCCGUUGUUGUGGUUGAACAUGAACAACGUUGUCAGCAGGACAAAAAGAUAACCCAUGGGUCAACAUUAAUAUGUUCUUGUAACUUCUGUGCACGAUUAGCCGCGAAAUAAUGUCGCUAAUUCGCCACUGAUGUAAUACGAGUUCAUUGGAAAAGUAUUGCACAGAUAUUCAACGUGGAUCGCGAGGACAUGUCGUAGGGCAUCAGCGUGGCCUAGCGGUACUGGUAAGUUUUGUGCACGUCCGUUUGUGGUCGAAGAAUUUCCUUCAUUUAGGCAUGCAGGCUUCUAGGAGACUAAAGAAAAAAUAAAUAAAUUCUGAAGUUUCAUGUGCCAAACCACGAUAUCAUUAUUAGGCGCGCUGUAGGGGAAGAUUCCGGAUUACUUUAGUGUACUUGAGGUUCCUUGAAGUGCACCCCAAUCUAUGUACGCGCAUGAUUGCUUCUUCAUUCCCACCGCUAUCGAAAUGCAGGAGCCAGUAAUCGACACCGUGAUCUCGUGCUUCGCUGUGUAAUGUCGCAGCCGCUAAGCCACCUCGGUGGAUACUUCUGCUCAGACGGCUGAUAACUCCAUACACUGAUGAACGUGAUAGCACAGCAAAUGAUGUGCUUUUAUACGAACACAUGCGUUCAUGCUCGGAAGAGAAUCAGAUUUCGUGUGCUAUUCUUUGCUUGAUUCUACUUUAAUACGUUAAAAAAGCAGAGAUCGAGACAGCCAGAAAGCAGUAUAUAAAAGAGCGAUUAAUAUUAGCAAGUUUAUUCACGCGAUUCUAUUUGUGUUGUUAGGCGCAGUCAGAACGCAAUUUAGAAAGUAACGGCAAAUUCUCGUAACUGACAGAAGUAAAGUAUUACACAGCAUUGGACCUUUCGGAACUUUCUUACAGAAAAAAAAAAAAAGAAGAAAGUGAAGACCGUCUAAUACGAUUAUGCAUUUCCCGAUACCCCUUUUAGGUAAUAACACCUUUCUAAAAUGCAUAAACUUCGUAUGUAGAUCGCGUGAUAUAACGGUGAUGUAUCGCGCAAUAUUGGGACCACGUUCCGCGACGUGCAUAA